AUGACCUCGACCAGUUCGUCCCCACUCGUUGCGCUGCUGGCCGACCCGCUCUUCCAGCAGCUCGCACCCUUCGCCGUCCUCUUUCUCUUCCCUAUCGCUAUUCUCUUCGCUGCCAGGGUCGCAGCCAACGCCGCGUCCUCAUUCUCGACGUCCCUGCCCAUGCUCCUGGACACCCUCGGCCACGCACUACCAUGGAACUGGUACGGCUCGCAGCACUCCACCGACCCCAAGAAACUCAAGAAGAAGCACGUGCGCUCGAGGGCGGAUCAGCUUGAUGCGCGCAAUGGGAAGGGAAAGGCGUCUUCCGGAGUUGACGAUGGAUAUUAUCCCGGACUUGUUAAUGUGUCUGGGACGUAUUGCUUCAUGAACUCGACGCUCCAGGCACUGGCGUCACUCGCAUAUCUCUAUCCGUAUCUUUCAACGGUACAGAAGAAGGCGGAGGAGCUCGAUGUCCCGACCGUAGUGAUCGACGCCCUACUCGAGACUCUGACUGACCUCAACACUCCACGGUCAGCUUAUGCUGCCUUACGCCCAAUGAACAUCAUCAAUGCCCUUUCUACGAGUUCCCCGAGCAAGCACAUCUCACUUUUCGCCUCCCGCGAGCACCAAGAUGCUCAAGAACUCUUCCAGCUCGUCUCGGAGUGCAUCAAAGACGAGGCUGAAGCAGUCGUGAAGGAAGCCGCCCGAGACCGCGGAUUGAGUGGACUUGGCUUGGCGCUCGCCUCGAGCGACUCCGCCAGUGUGCUGAGUGCGGAGAACGGGCCGGGCGACCGGGAGGAGAGCCUGGUCAAGAGCCCGUUCGAUGGGUUGACUGCGAACAGACGGAGUUGUGUGGAGUGCGGGUACACUGAAGCGGUGAUGCAUUUCUCGUUCGACAGCUGGCAGCUUGCUGUUCCUCGUUUCGUGGCUAGCUGUCACCUCGAGGACUGCUUAGCGGAAUACACCAAGCUCGAGUUGCUCACCGACUGCAUAUGCCGCAAGUGCUCACUCAUUGCGACCCACGCCAAACUUGUUCAGGAAGCUGAGAAGUUGUCGGCAAGUCUCGACGCGCCCUCAUUAGCCACCGCAUCAUCUUCGCAGACCUCGCCUACGAGCCCACCAACCAAGAAGUCUCGGCGAUCGUCGUCUUCUGCUAGCCUUAACCCAUUUUUGAACGCAUCGCAACUUCAGAAUAUCCCUGUUACCUCACGGAGGAAGAGGCUGAAGGAUGUGAAAAGGCUAGAGGCGAGGGUAAAGAGUGCUCUUGACGAGGGAAGAGUCGAGGAGGAGAUCAAAGGCGUGAAGAUGGAGCGCGUUGUCAGUCGGGCUUCGACAAAGCAGGCGAUGAUUGCUCGACCACCUCCCGUGCUUGCCCUCCAUAUCAAUCGCUCGCACUACGGGAUGUAUGCUUCAAAAAACAACGUUCGCAUCGUUUUCCCCGAAGUUCUUGACCUUACGCCAUAUACCACGUCCGGCUCCUUAUCCCUCCUCCCUUCCGCCCCCAUAUCAUCUCCACCUUCCCCAUCAGCAUAUUCAAAUCAAUCAUUUGAUUUCCCUACACCACCUUCCUCGUCUCCGCAGGCUGAGUCUUCAUCUAGACCAUCACGACCCCCACAAUCCAGCACAAACGGACGCACUACACCAACGCAGGCGCGAUAUAAACCUACACACCGCACACUGUACCGACUCUCAGCGGUAGUGUGUCACUAUGGCGCACACGCCUUUGGUCACUACGUCUCUUUCCGCCGGAAACCGUUCCCAGGGGAUGGCAAAGGCGAGAGAAAAGGGCUAGGACUGAGAAAGCCUGCUCUACUGUGCCCUCUAGGCUGCGAGUGCCGGGAUUGUGCUGUGUACGGGUGCAUACGAGAUGCCCCGUUUUCGAUGCCUCCUUCACCUGGUGGCUCCUUGUCUUCACCCGAGCCCGAGCCCGAGGCGACGCCGUCACCGGCGAAGUCAAAUGCGUCAGAUGGCGAUUGGGAAGACGUCGAUCCGUCUGAGGGCAUGGAGGACGCAGAGGACGAGGCGGCGCUGUACGAGGAGGAGCCGCUGCGGCGGCCACCGCGGGGCAGCGGGCGCGGCUGGCUGCGUAUUUCGGACGACGCGGUGCGCGAGUGCGGGAUCGAGACGGUGUUAGCGGAGGGGAGCGGCGCGUUCAUGCUGUAUUACGAGCGCGUCGUCGUACCGCGGCCGCGGGCACGUCCUGUGGGCCGCCGCUCGCGGGGGAACGGGAUGAAGAUGUGGACGGGGACGCAGGCGACGGCGGAGCCGGAGGAGGGGACGGGGAGGGAGUCGGAGGAGACGCUGAAGCCGCGGUUGAGCGUGGAUGGGAAGGGGGAGCCGCUUCCUGGUCUUAGGCCGCCCAACGGCAACGGCAACGGCGAGGGCAAUGGGAGCACGGUCAUCGGGCCGUCGCCGAACGGGAGUGUUGCGGAGCUGAUGACGAGUGUCGGGAAUGCGAGUCUGGCGAAGCGGCAGAGCGUCAGUGCGCUGGACCGGAGACGCGGGUCGAGUAUACGGUCGGGGUCGACGGCGAGCUCGAUGGGCUUUGUCGGUGCGCGCGUCGUGCGGAGCGUUGGGCUUGGGCGGAGGAGCACGAGUGCGUCGGCUGCGUCGGAGCAGUCGGCGUCGACUGGGAGUGUAUACACGUUGGCGAGCCAGGGCGGUGUGUCCGUGAAAACGGAGUCCGACGCGAGACUGUCAUAGCUCGGGUUGCGCUGGUCAUCAAGUUGCCCAUGCUCUUUCGUUCGGAUAGAUCAGGAGUAUCAGCAUUGCACACAUUACUAGUACUAAUUCAUCACGAACCCACCAUCCUCAAGUUAUGCAUACAACAUACGAGCAUGAGACUCAUGGUCAGCUGGCCGUUUGUACCGAGUAUCUAUAAUUCCUCCCGUAAAUUUCUAGCGGGGAUGUUUGCGACGAUGCAUCUGUAUCAUAGCUUGGUAGAGUACAAUUUUCUGCAUAAAUCCAGCCGUCCGCGAC